UACUUGCUUUGUGGAUGAACGUAAUAAAGGAUUGGCUACGAGAAGUUAGAAGUAAAAUUUGAUGCAAGAUUGACUAGAAAAUGCAAAUCAUAUUGAAUGAAUGAUAUAACCAAUCGAAACAGCAUAUAAUGGACUAUACUCUCCCGAGAUCCUGACGCUGUACGUUAUCAGGAAAGGGACGAAAUCUGGGAUUAAAUAUCUUAUAUUUUGGCGUUGGAAUCGGACCAGACAGGUUGUUUUAACAAGGGACGUGGCCGAGUCACGUGAUUCUGAUUGUGUAGAUUGCGAUCUCAGCAAGGACACAAUCAGAGGCAGUUGGAUAGAAAUGCAUGUUUAGUCCUCUAUCUCUGAGGCUAUGUUGCAUAGCCGUGAUGGCUCCCGCACUGACGGAAACAGCUACUUCGCACUUGAAACUGCAGCCAUCAUCUUCUAUAGUGGAAAGUCCUACUGAAGGGGAUUGCCACUCUCCAUCCACCAUUGCAUCACAUCGUCUGAACAAUAAAAUUGCGCUGAUUGGUGUCAAAUCUCGCAUUCUCCAAAACAGACUUACACACAUUAAUUCAGAGUCAUUAUCAGCCAUUAAGUUCCCACCCAAAUUACUAACUCCAGGCCUCCAGACAAGACUCGCAUCACUGUCUGAACUGUUUCCUCCUAACACAGAAUCGAAGUUCAUCAUCCAGGAUUUCGAAUCUGCGGAGGAGAGGCCAAAAUCACAGUUAAUUGCUAUCCAAAGCAAAAUGAACAACCUAACAACUAAUGGUCGUAAUGGAGAUUCAACUACAUUGGUACCUGAAACUGUUAAAUUGGUGAACAAACUCAAAGGUCAGCAAAUGGGUUUGAUACCAACAGACACAAGUCAGUUGAAUAAAACAAAUUGCACAAACAAUGGUGUACCAGGUCAAGCCAGUGAACAACAAACUGCAACCUCAUCUGCUCAACCUUGUUCAAGUAGACCGUUAGCUAGUAGCUCAAUAUCCCAGUCUGAAAGCUCAGAUUCCUUGCUACCAACUGAUACCUCCUCUUCAAGUAGAACAUUACCAGACACUAAAGUAAAAGAUCCAGAGCCAGUGGACACAAAUGUACAGAUGAAAAAACAACAACAACACUUAGAUAAAAGAGCAGAACGCCUAGCCAAGCGUAUUCGAAGAUUGCAGUCCCAUCAAACUAUUACCCAUGUUCGUACACAACUAUCUGGAUUUGUAGAUAAUCAACAUAAAAAUUUAGAAUGUAUGGCCAAAGCUAUCAAAGUUCCCCCAAGUAACAAUGCAGAUCUGCACUCAGAACUCCUUAUAAAUGAAGACAUUAAAAAUUUAUCAACGGCAGCACUUGUUAAUUUAGUUAGAAGGUUGCAAUCUCAACAAGUAACAUUGCGGCAAAGGCUGACAAACACUCAUACCGGGAAUGAAAAUAAAGAAGUGGUGAAACUUGAUGAAGAGACAUGCGCUGAAGCAAGUCGAGUCUCCUCAAAUCUUACAGAAAGGCUACGGCAUCUUGAAUCAGAGUUAGACUCUGAUGCAACAGAUGAGAGCUCUGGGGGAGAAAGCUGUGAUGAAGAUGAAUUCUUCGAUUUCGAGAAACGCCCUACUAUACCAUUACAAAGGCGGGCAGAGUGGAAGUGGGCAGUUGAUCGGGCAGCCAUUGCCUCACGGUGGACCUGGCUCCAGGCUCAAGUAUCUGACCUAGAAUAUAGAAUACGGCAGCAAAGUGACAUUUAUAGGCAAAUACGAGCAACUAAGGGCUCAGUUGUUCUUGGAGAAUAUACACCACCUGAUGAUUUACUUCAAGGCAAAGCCAAAUCAAACAAAAAAUUAUCUCCUUUAGAAGCUAAAAUUGCCAAUCUUGAAAGACAGAAUGAAUUGUCUCCGUGUAAUAUAUCAACGCUGCUCAGCAAUGUUGAUAAGCAGUCUACGAAGCUGACUCAGUCAUUAGGUAAUGUCUAUUCCCCUGUACAAUGUUCUAAUAGGGGUCGUAAUCAGACUCCACCUGCCAAACCUAUCAAUGGAGUAAUAGACCCUGGAUCCUCACAGUCUAAUCCAACACCUAGCAUAGACACUACAGAUAGCAAGACCCCAGCAGUAAACCCCCCAUUAAUAACAGUAGGAGAUGCAUCCCCUUGUAUUGAUAACACUUGCCAAUCAGCACGGUGUCGACCAGUGCGCAGCUAUAGAAAACGGAAAUUGCUACGAACUGCGGGGUUGCAUCAGUUAAAUCGUAAAGCAGCGCGGGCAUCUACUAUAAAGUGUCAGUGCUACCCACCAUCUACCCCUUGUGCAAUGUGUGGGGGAAGGUACAACAAUAAACAAGCUAUGGACUCUGACAACAUGCCAUUAAAUGAGAGAGUGGGCCUCCUUGAUCCAGCGUUCCAUCCAGUACUCUCAUUCUCACAAGAUGUUCCUUUACCAGUGCACUUUGAGUCCUUGUUGAAGACUGGGGAGUGGCAGAACAAACCAUCACCUCGUACUGAGAAAAGGAAGUAUUCUGGUGCGGAUGAUCACAAGAAGUAUAUGCGCAAGUACAACAACAAAAGUCCAACCACUGCUGCCAUUCUCAAUGCCUCUACAAAAUUGCGGAUCAAAUAUAGUGAAAGAGCACUGUCAAAGAGUGGUGGUUCCCUUCCUGGAACUCCAAGACUGUCUGCUUCAGAUAGUAGAAUAUGUCGAUCUGAGUCGAAGAAUAGGCGCAAGGCUGCCAGGCUGGCUAUGGCUGCUCUUACUAAAAAAGAGCGUCGAAUGUCUUUGAAUGAUCGCUUGAGACGCACAGUGGGAACCCCAUCUCCUGGGCCAAGAGAAACCCCACCACCUGGCAUGGCUCAGAGCUGCCCCAGUGGGACUCUCAAGGAAAUGAAGGAAGCGUUAAUUAAAAAGAGGCGAAUGGAAAAUGCUUUUGACAUCAAUAAUAUUGUAAUUCCAUAUGGCAUGGCAGCAUCAUCAAGAGUUGAAAAGCUACAGUAUAAGGAAAUCAUAACACCAAAAUGGCGUGAAGUAGAUCCUUUCCAUGAUGCUCUCGUGACAAAGACCACUGAGAAUGGACCAAUAAAACCUGAAGAGGUUGCACAAGUGAAUGGUACAAUAACUUCUGAGGAACAGAGUGUAAAAGAAGCAGAGACUGGAGUUGAGACAGUUGCUGCAGCUGUCCAACCAGGCCCUGUUGUCACAACACCAACUCCCCCAUCUUCACCCCAGGAAGCAACAGAAGAGAUUGAGGACACGAGUGAUGAGUUCUACAGUAUGAAACAUCUGCCUUGUGAGGUCCAGGAGAAAAAACGUUUUAUCUCGUAUCUGGUUACACCCACAAGUCGAGGCCGUUCAGCCAAUAGCAGGUCUGAACACAGAACUGAUAGUCGUACGAGAACAGACAGUGGGGCAACAACCCCUGAUCCAUUAUCUCCAGAGGCUAGUCUUAAUGACAGUAGUAUAUUUGCCUCAAUGAACAGUACCUCAAGUUUGCAAUCAGUCAGUUCCCCUUUGGCAUCUCCAGUGACUCCAAACUCAUCCUCCUCUAAGUUAGCUUCUCUAGAAGAGCACAGCAUUUUGGGGCGAAAACGUAGUGGAUCUCUGUCACAGAAACGUGAGCGCACUAUAUCCUGUAUGAGUGAUGAUAAUAUGGUACGCUCUACAUCAGCGACGCCAGAUGUUGAUGUACAAGUGACCCCAUGGGAGACAGCUAAAUUCCCAUUGAGCGAGAAUGACCUAGUGACCUAUCUAGAAACUCCACCACCUCCCCGUGCUCAGCCAGUUAUCACAACCUCUGUACUGCCAAUCAGACACCAUACACAUUACCACCAUCAGACCUAUGACACCACCCCUGUCAGUAGUAGGGCUUGCUCCCCUAAUUUCAUAACAUCCCCUGAGUCUGAUGAAUUCUUUGAUGAUGACCCAAAUGAUCCAGAAUAUGAUCCUGAGUGGACUGUAGUGAGUGGGGUACGUCAACCUGCAAAAUCUACAGGCCUUGUGCUUAAACUAGCAAAGCGUUGAGGCCUGAAUAUUCAGAGAGAUACAGAGAAUAGCUACAUAGGUAUAUGUUGAAAUAGAUAUCUGCUAUGAGAGAUGUGGAAUGAUGUUGUGCAUAUCCACUAAGAAUGAUAUCAGAUAUGUAGCAAGAUAUACUCGAAAAUUCAAAAGGCUAGUAGCAAGCCAAUGUUUGCUGUUAAGCUUCUACAAAGUUCCAUAUGUACAAAUAUGUCACUAGUACUGGAAUGGUGGCUGGACACCAAAUAUGGAAUACAACCAAAUAUGGACGUUUAGGAUGAAAAGUUGAAUGGAUUAUCAUUGAGGAGAGCUAAAUGAGUGCAUUACUCAUCGGUUUUUUUCAAAUAGAUAAAUGGUUUAAAUAGGGCUAGAAAUUAGCAAGGGGCAAGUUUGCUAUCAGGCAAUGUAAAAUCUUGCUCCUGUCUUUAAAUUGUAGGUCAAGCCCUGUUAUUCCAUGAAGUGUCACAUUUAUUCAGGCAAUGGAUACUAUGAAAUUUCUCCCAAUGCAUGUAUCUUAAUGUCUUGUGAAUCAGUUGCUUAUAGUUUGUCUAUGAUCUUCAUAUAUCACAAUGCCCAUAUAUGUCAUAAAUGGUGAUACUACCACAGAUCAUUGAAGUCAUUUUUUCUCAAGCACGCUCAAACAUUGAUCUGGAAAAAUUCAAAUACCAACAUUUUUAGAUAGCACACUGAAUAAGAUACAAGUCCAGGCUGAGUUAAAGUUAACAUUAAAAUUAUAUAAUUUUUGGAGUUGAUUGCAGAUCAAAAAUGUAGUUCCCUUUUGUUUCGUAUUAAAGCCAAACAACACUGGGUACAAUGUUCCUCUUUUGACGGAAACUGUACAUUGGUGUGAAAACAUUGUUGUAUGAAGAUUUAUUUUGUUACAUGUUUUAUUUUAAUGAUCAGUGGUUGUAUUCGUUUACAUGAAAAAUACAUAAAAAGUAAAAAAUGAGAAAAUAUACAAAACAUUGUAUAUAAUGUAUAGUGAGUAGAUGUUAAAGCACAUGGUAAAAUAUAAGCAACAUUUUUGUUGGUGUUAUAUAUUUUCAAUUUGUCAUUAGGUAUCCAGAACUAUUUUGUGUAAAAUUGUGUAAUAUAGAAAACUGUACAAAGCGUCAUCUGUAUAUAUAAUGUAUCCAUUAUUCCAUCACGAUGAUACUCUGUAUCAAAUCCAAAUCUAGCUGUAGACUCUGGCUUUUUAUUGAGGGAAAGUACAGUUAAGGCGUAUUAAUACUUCAUUGUAAAGAACCAGGUUAUCAAAUAGCUAAAUCUCAUCUCACAUACAUGCAUUUCAUACUAAGUUAGUAAUCUAGAGAAAAUAACACAAUCUUGACAAGCUGCAUCUCCAAAAUGUUUUUCUCAUAUAUAAUAGAAGUGUUAUAAACUCAAGUUUGGCCAGUCUGACCUCAUUUUGAAUUAUUGAUUGUCAAGUGUCUCAUUUUCUCUAUGUUUCUAACUAUAAAUUCUUCAACACAGAUCAAGACUUGUAUAUAAUGUAAAUAGUUUCUGCUAUGAUCUUUAGGGGUUUGUAUAGAAGGCUUAGUGCCUUGAGAACUAGCUACUAGGAAGCACAUUUCAGUAUAAAUAAGAUGCAUAUAAAUUAGAGUUGGGUCGGGUAAGGGUCUGAUCAGGUUUGACCUCUUGGGUUGAGAUGGGUCACGUGUCAUAUACUAAAAAGAGAUCUUGUUGGUCUCAUAGAUUGUCCUCAAUAUAGCAAGUUCUUUUACCUUUAACUUAGCAAUGAAAGGGGAAAAUAUAUCAGUUGUAAAAUAAGAAAUGUACAUUGGGAAAAAUAUUAACAAACUGUAUUUGUAGAUUGCGUAGAUCAACUACUCAAAUUGGUCUUGGACUGAAAUUGAAUUUCAAAAUUGCCAAAUGAACCUGAUGAAUAUUUGAAUUUUUCCUACAAAUAUGACAUAUCAAUGAGCUAUUAUUAUCUGAGAGUCCAAAUGUUUUCUAAAUUUCAGAUUGCAAUGUGAGAGGGGCCGGCAUCUUUUAUAAAUGUACUGAAUUAUUGGUUAGAGUUGCGUUUCUUUGGGGCUAAUCCGACCUGUUCAUGGCUCGGGUCAUGGUGAUACGUUGGGAAAUAACCAUAGUGAACUGACCUGGCCCAAACCCUACCCAUCUCUAAUAAAAAUGCUGUGAAAAAUUUCAAGUAUGAAUAAUAUACUACAGUGACAUGUACCACUUCAUAUGAUAUAAAAUAUAUCACUUCAAUAUAAAUGCUUAAAAUAUAUCAGUAGGUGUCAAUUUAACUCUGAAAUUUCUGUUAGCAAAUAUUUAUGGGAAUAAUUGAUAUACACUGUACUUGGUUUAGUUUAUCUCAUAUACUCCCACAUAUAAAAUCAAAGAUAAAAGGUUAUAUGAGCAGGCUAUAAACAAGAAUGUAUUCAUAUUGUGUUAAAUGGUUUAAAUGGUGACCUUUUCCUGUUGAGUUUUAAAGCAUGAUGAAAAUACGAAACUUGAUCGUUCAUGUCUAUCUGUAGUGAAUGUGUUCAUGGGUUGAAUCUUCUUACAACACUACUGUACUUGGCACAUAGUGCAAUUGACAAAUAAAUGUUUGAGGUACAAAUAUCAAAACUAAA